AUGACCUGGUUUCAUGAGGAGAAAUCGCAAAUUGAGCUAGAAUUGAGGCUUUUGGAAGCUCUAGAAAUGUAUCCUCCUUCUCAAUUACAGGGAUUUCACCAUCAUUUUGUUCUUUAUGGGCUGAUGGAAUAUCUGAUGAAGAGCUUUGAUAGACAGCUCACAUCGGAGGAAAUAUUGCAGUUGUUGGAUCGCUUUUAUAAUUUAGAAGCAAUGGUGAGAAGAAUCCCUUUAAUUUAG